UUCUCCCUCCUUUAUCUCGCCUCCGUGGCUUCCUCGGAGACCCACUAUCAGCGAGGGGAUCCAGUGAUGCUGUAUGUCAACAAAGUGGGGCCGUACCACAAUCCGCAGGAGACCUACCAUUACUACCAGCUCCCCGUGUGCUCCCCGGAGAAGAUCCAACACAAAAGCCUCUCCCUGGGGGAAGUCCUGGAUGGGGACCGCAUGGCCGAGUCCAUGUACGAGAUCCGGUUCCGCGAGAAUGUGGAAAAGAAGGUUCUCUGUGAGAUGAAACUCUCGCCUCAGCAGGUAGAGCGCCUCCGGCAGGCCAUUGAGGAGCUGUACUACUUUGAAUUUGUGGUGGACGACCUGCCCCUCCGUGGCUUUGUGGGGUACAUGGAAGAAAGUGGGUUUCUGCCCCACAGCCACAAGAUCGGGCUGUGGACCCACCUGGAUUUCCACCUGGAGUGGAACGGCGACCGCAUCAUCUACGCCAACGUCAGCGUGCGCGACGUCAAGCCCACCAGUCUGGAUGAUGUUCGGGGGCCCGGCUCACUCUCCGUCGCCCACACCUACAGCGUCCGCUGGUCCGAGACCGCCUCGGAGCGGCGCGGGGACAGGCGGGGGAGCCGCGGCGGGGAUGAUGGCUUCUUCCCUCGCACCUUGGAGAUCCACUGGCUCUCCAUUAUCAACUCCAUGGUGCUGGUGUUCCUCCUGGUGGGCUUUGUGGUGGUCAUCCUCAUGCGAGUCCUGAAGAACGACCUGGCCCGCUACAACCUGGACGAGGAGGCCUCCUCCUCGUCUUCAGGGGACGACUUUGACCAGGGGGACAAUGGGUGGAAGAUCAUCCACACCGACGUCUUCCGCUUCCCGCCCUGCCGCUCCCUCCUCUGCGCAGUCCUUGGCGUGGGCAGCCAGUUCUUGGCCUUGGGCACGGGCAUUAUCGUGAUGGCGCUCUUGGGCAUGUUCAACGUCCACCGGCACGGGGCCAUCAACUCCGCUGCCAUCCUCCUUUACGCCCUCACCUGUUGCAUCUCCGGUUAUGUGUCCAGCAAUUUCUACCGCCAGAUCGGGGGCGAGCUCUGGGUGUGGAACAUUCUCCUGACCACUAGCCUCUUCUCCGCUCCCUUCUUCCUGACCUGGAGCGUGGUCAACUCGGUGCACUGGGCCAACGGCUCGACCCAGGCGCUGCCAGCCACCACCAUCUUGCUGCUGCUGACGGUGUGGCUCCUGGUCGGCUUCCCCCUCACGGUCAUCGGGGGCAUCUUUGGCAAGAACCGGGCCGGCCCCUUCGACGCGCCCUGUCGCACCAAGAACAUCGCCCGGGAGAUCCCUCCCCAGCCCUGGUACAAGUCGACCCUGGUUCACAUGACCAUCGGGGGCUUCCUGCCCUUCAGUGCCAUUUCUGUGGAGCUGUACUACAUCUUUGCCACGGUGUGGGGCCGGGAGCAGUACACCCUCUACGGGAUCCUCUUCUUCGUCUUCGCCAUCCUGCUCAGCGUGGGGGCCUGCAUCUCCAUCGCCCUCACCUACUUCCAGCUGUCGGGCGAGGACUACCGGUGGUGGUGGCGAUCCGUGCUGAGCGCUGGCUCCACCGGCCUCUUCAUCUUCCUCUACUCAGUCUUCUACUACUCGCGGCGCUCAAACAUGUCGGGCGUGGUGCAGACCGUGGAGUUCUUCGGCUACUCGCUGCUCACUGGCUACGUCUUCUUCCUCAUGCUGGGGACGAUCUCCUUCUUUGCCUCCCUCAAGUUCAUCCGCUACAUCUACGUCAACCUCAAGAUGGACUAAGCGGUCGCCCACUUACUCUGGGCUGGUGCCUGCAAUAAAGCUCGG